AUGGCAACAUGGUCUCGAUUUACUAAGAAAUUAAAAUGUACAAGUGAUUAUUUUAAUUCUAAAAAUGAUGUUGAUCAACAAAUUACUAAAAUUAGCAAUAAAGGACAAGUACAUUUCUGCCAUAGUUCCGAAAACUUAAAACAAUAUAUAAUUAAAAGAAAUAAUGAAUUAAAUGGAUGUUACAGUAAUAAAUUAUUGCGAAAUCAAUUAACAGAUGAUAGUGAUAUAAAGAAUUUUAUAAACAAUUGUACUGUGUACUCUAAAUGCAUCAAUAAUCACCAAAUUCGUGCAGUGAGAACUUCUGAACGAAAGAAAUCUACAGAAGAUCUCUGUAAAAAAAACAAUACUUGUUCAACAGAAACAGCUUCAACAAAAGUAACCGGUAAACUUGAAGCAGUACUUGAGACAAAAGCCUCGGAAAUAAUAGCACCAGGAAGGAAAGAAUCAUCGGAUCAAAGUCAAAAACAUGCUGUAUUAGCUGAUUUAAAAGAUGAAAAAAUAAUUUCUGAGAUAGAAUAUGGCAAAAUUUCUUCUGCUGAUUCUGCUGGAAAUCGUCGUGAAGUAUAUGAUUCAGAUGAUAUUCAACAUUCCAAUACUUCUGGACAAGGUGAAACAUCGGCACAAUAUUCACAAAUUUUACCUCACACUACAACUGCAGAAUUAGAUACACUUUCAGGUGCUCCUUCUUUAAAAAAUACCAUAUUUGGGGAAUCUCAAUCAAAGAAAAACUCUGAAGUGUUAGAUUCAGCUGAAGUCGUACCUAAGAGUGGCUUAAAUGCGCAUAAAGGUGUAGCUAGUAGUUCUGUUCUUGAGCAAGCUGUUUCUGAUAAAGCUGAGUACAAACAAGAUUCAAAGGUUAUAUAUGCGUUUACCGAAAAAUUCCAGUAUCCAUGGUACUGUUGA